CUAAGUUUUAUGCUUUCUCUUUAGGUAAUAGUUCUAGUCGCUGUCCAAUGCCAAGUGUCCGCAUCCCGAGGUGGAACCAAGGGCUACCUUCCGUUCUGGUGGCUUGGACAUCACUCCUUGGGCGGGUCUGCGAUGGGUGCAAGUGACGGGGGUUGUCAGCGUUCCUGCCCAGGUGAUGACAAGGUUUGGCUCUUUGCUAGUGGAGAUGGCCCUAACUUUGCUGAAUACGUAAAGGAUUCCGUUCUCAAGGGAUUCAAUGUUGACAUUGUGGAAAAAGUCUGUGGCAUAGCUGGGAAGAAAUGCAAGGUUGUCUUGGACGAAUACUCCGAGUGUGUAGUGUCCAACUCAGCAGGAAACAACCGACCUGGACGGGGUCUGAGUGCAGGCUGGUUUGACGCAUGCAUUUCAUGGGGUCUAACAACCUAUCGGAAUAACUUCUUCAAUGUUACCAAGCCGUUCUAUCCCUCUCUCCUGGGUAUUUUUGCGCAUCCAGAUAGUCCCGAUUUCAACAGCCUUGAUGGGAAAAAGAUAGCGUUUGUGAAAGGGUGGUAUUCGAGUCCUGAUUGUCUUAAAAGUCAGGGAGAAACUGGAUUCGUCACUAUGUGGGCUACAGAUGCCGCCGCGGCUCGGACUAUGGUCAUGGACAGGACGGCUGAUGGCUUUUACUAUAGCUAUAACCCCUACGACACCUUUAUUGACGGUUUGAAGAAACUCAGCGUUGCAUCAGACGCCACCGUUUGUGCCAGUGGAACAGGAAUCUUGGUCAAAAAAGACUCUCCUCUUCCCAUAUGGUGGAACAAAGCGUUUAAAAACUUCCAGGCAUCAGGGGGAUACCGCGCCCUGUGCGCCAAACAUCAGGUGGAGGGACGCCAGAUGUAUGAAUACUUCACUGGUAAUUCUCCAGAUUACAUAGAUGUUUGCUUCACAUAGACAGAAAGCUACACAGUAAUGCCGCCGCAUUUACAGUUAUAUUGACAAUUUUGGCUGUAAUAUAGAACACUUCUGGUGGAGAUACAAAACAUACGACAGACCCAGACAAUUUCCUACAUUGCUAUUCAGACUGUGUGUAUUUAUUUUUUCACAGAAAUUUUAAUAUUGUAAGUGUGGGAAUUAGACACACUUGUUUCUUACAGGAACGAAUAUGCAUAAAAACAUAACGAGAAAUAGAAUAGAAAAGCGAUAUAUCUUACGGAAGGCAUAUUAACGAAACACACUCGUUCCUUAGAGGGGUGAAUGCAUAAAUCCAUAACGUUGAAAAUAAGAUACACAAUUUAUAUUAUUUAAAUUCUUAAUGUUAUUGUACAUUCACGUAUGACCGCUCUUGAUCAUAUGAAAUUAGAAAUAAAAUUAGUAGCUGUUGGUAAUUUGAAUAUUUCAACUUUUGAUAUGUGAGUAAAUAUAAACACACUAUGCUGCAGUCCACGUUUCGGUCUCUCACUUCAUGCCUCAAUAUUCAAGUUGUGCGAACAUCCACACCGAUAGAUGGAGCUAGAAGCAAGACAUGGCGAAGUGUGAGUUGCCUAUGCUUAUACAUUGCAGUGAAAAUAUAAACGC